GGUCUAUCUUCCGGUCAUGCGAGCACAUCGCAUGUCUAUGGGGGAGCUUCACGAAGUUUGACGAUCUUCAGCUCGCUGGACGGGGUAUGACUCUUUGGCUUGGUUCUUUUCGCAGCUCCUCUUAAGCUGCGGAAUGCUUUACCGGUGGACGCAAACCUAAAGCGCACGCGGUCAAGAACCGCGAGUCUCGUUGAUCCUGGUCACCAUGUCUUCCUCUGGCGGUACAGGCUCUAGCCUAGCCAAAGCUGUGGUGAUUGUUUCAGGGGUCUCAUCCCUGGUAGCCUCACUUUUGUCGCUCCUGUCUAUAUGGCUACAAACGAAAAACUAUCGAAAACCUCUCCUCCAACGAUAUGUCGUUCGCAUACUUCUCAUGGUUCCGAUAUAUGCUGCUGCUUCCUGGACAAGCAUCGUAUCAUUGAAGGCGUCUCUUUGGUUGGAUCCUAUUCGUGAUGUUUAUGAGGCCUUUACUAUCUACACCUUCUUUCAGUUACUCAUAAAUUUCCUUGGAGGCGAGCGAGCAUUGAUUAUUAUGACCCAUGGUCGUCCUCCCAUCCAACAUGCCUGGCCGCUGAAUCAUUUCCUGCCGAAACUCGAUAUAUCUGACCCCCACAGCUUCCUGGCUGUAAAGCGCGGUAUCCUCCAGUACACUUGGCUGAAACCAAUACUGGCCAUCAUAUCUAUCAUCAUGAAAGCCACGGAUAGUUACCAAGAAGGCUAUCUAGGGUUAACUUCUGGUUACCUCUGGACCGGGAUUGUGUAUAAUGUCAGCGUUACAAUAAGUUUAUACUCACUAGCAAUGUUUUGGGUUUGCCUUCACAACGACCUAGCACCAUUCCGCCCUGUGCCAAAGUUCCUUUGCGUCAAACUCAUUAUCUUUGCCUCCUAUUGGCAGGGUUUCUUCUUGUCCAUCUUACAGUGGCUCGGGGCUUUAUCCAACGGUGUCGCGGGUUAUACCCCUGACAACCUCGCUGCUGCAAUUCAGGACUCCCUGAUAUGCUUCGAGAUGCCUAUAUUCGCGGUCACUCAUUGGUAUGCAUUCUCUUGGCACGACUAUGCAGAUCCAACCAUCUCGUCCGCGCGGUUACCAGUAAUAUACGCGCUUCGGGAUGCCUUUGGAGUCAAGGACCUAAUCGAAGACACAAAGAUGACUUUGCGGGGCGAUAACUAUGAAUAUAGGUUGUUCGAUUCUGGGGAUCAUAUUAUGGCGCAUGCUGAAUCCGAGUCUCGGGUAAGACGGAUGAUGCACGGCAUGCGAUACGAGCGUGGAGGGAAGGGCAAGUACUGGAUUCCUAAGCCAGGUGAGAUCAACAGUCGGACGCCGUUACUUGCUGGCGCCGAAUCAAAUAGGCGGGGAAGUAUCGUGGACCGGUUCCGCUCGCCUAGUGAUAUUGAGGAGUCGACGCUAGAUGAGGGAGAUGAACAAUUGUUCAUCAAGGCUCGAGCGCUCGAAUUUGGCGACUGGAAUUAUCCGGUAAUCACGGCAAACCAGGCCCCACAAGAUCAGCGUUUAGCUGUCCCGUCCAGCUAUCAAACCCCGCAACAGCCAGAAGUGGUGAAGAAGUUCCGAAAACACAGAAAGGUCCGUGCGUCUAGCAAGGGAGGCGCAUCUUCAGAUGGCAAUAGCAUAUCGAGUCCAUCAGGAAGAGAAAGCACUGAAGCUCGAACCGCUCUUCAACGUGGCCCUAGCUCUUUUGCUUCCCGGAGCUCCCCCCGUAGCCAAUUAGUUGACCUCCUGGUCGAAGACCGAGAGGCCGAAGAAAAGGAACGAACUGAACAUCAAAGGACGAUUGGUUCUGCAUUGCUAGAGCCGGAACAUCGAUAUUUCCAGACACCAUCCGGGCACCCAAUUAGCGGUCAGUCUGACAUGGCUCAGACAGAGGGUCCCAGUGAACACACAAACCAACCAACCGACCAAGAUGAGGACACCAACAGCAAUGACCCAAAGACACGAGAAUGGUCUUAUGAAGGGUUAGAGGAUGAGAAUGUUUGGAGUUGAUAAAAAUAAUCAUUCUCGCUGCAUAUACGCAUAGUUUGAGUUGUUUAUGUUAUUUACAUUUCCGGUGUAUAGGUUGUUUUCUUUAUCUUUCUUUGUUUGCUUGUCUGUCACUUCUUCUUUUCCUUCACAUCUUCUCUACAGAUCCCUUCUUAUUUCAUUUCGUUCCGUUUCAGAGACAGAGGGGAACUGUUGUUGUUUGGUGCCUGAUAAAGUCAUUUAUAAAUAGCACGAAACCAGGCAAAAAGUAAUAAAUUUAGGGUUAUAGACAUUCACCACUUGCUAGGUCUCCGCACCUUCCAGACAAGACUAGAUGAGACACCUCACGUCGGUGUUAAACAUGGCACCAUCCUGUCCAAUAUCAGUGACCAGUGACAAGUGACAGCACAUGUCAUUUGCUGUGACAGCUAUGACUGGCGAAACGUGUUCAACUAUAUGCAUUAACAAAUGACAAUGCGUCUAUAGGCGCGGCCUCAUUUUAG